UAAUUAUAUCAUCAAUAUCAUCAUCAUCGUCAUAUCUGUUGCUGCGAUUGUAGUUGUAUAGAAAUCAAUCAAUCAAUCGUCAUCUCUCUCGUUAUUUCUCGAUCGCCUACAGUAGUCGGUGUAUCUUGUGAAUCAAAUGGCUAACCGAGCUCAAAUCCCUAAUAACAACUCUGCACUUAUCGCUAUGAUUGCCGAUGAGGACACUGUAACUGGAUUUUUACUUGCUGGAGUUGGAAAUGUUGACUUGAGGCGGAAGACAAAUUAUCUGAUUGUGGAUUCAAAAACAACCGUGAAGCAAAUUGAGGACUCUUUCAAAGAAUUCACUACAAGAGACGAUGUAGCGAUAGUCUUGAUUAGUCAAUAUGUUGCAAAUAUGAUAAGGUUCUUAGUCGAUAGCUACAAUAAACCAGUCCCAGCAAUUUUGGAGAUUCCUUCAAAGGACCACCCUUAUGAUCCUGCACAUGAUUCUGUGCUAUCGCGUGUCAAGUACCUCUUCAAUACUGAAUCUGUUGCCGGUGAUAGGCGUUGAAUGAAAAAAUAUUUAUCAAAGUCACGUUUCUUCAACCUGAAGCUGUGUGAUUACCUUGAAGGAAAUCUAAGCACUAGGGGUGUAUUCUAAAUUCAAAUUCUUGCAACAAUAAAAUGCAUUUUAUGUAUUAGGAAGUGAGUAAAAACAUCAGGCUCGAUCAUCAUGUCGGUCUCUAGUAAAAUGGUUGGUUUGAAUUGUGAGAUUGUUUUAAUCUUGGACUGGUUGUCUGUACUUCUAUCUUUUUGGUCCAUUAUAUAAUCGUUUAUAAAUUAUACUCGUA